AUGGGGAAAAACAAAAUCAUAACUUCUUUUUUUAAAAGAAAGAAUGAAGAACAAGUUGAUGGAAACAAUGAGAUUAAACGGCAAAAAGCUUCAACAAGCGAACCGGUUAAUGAAGCUAAUGAACCGGUUAAUGAAGCGAAUAAUGAAGUGGGGGAUUCAUGGUUUUGUGUCAUGAUUGAUGAGUCACGGGAUGAGUCAAAAAAAGAGCAAAUGGCGAUAGUUUUAAGAUUUGUUGAUGUUGAAGGGGUGAUACGGGAAAGGUUCUUGGAUUUAGUUCAUGUUAUGGAUACUUUAUCAGCGACCUUAAAAGUAAAUUUGUGGAAUACACUAUUGCAUUACAAUUUUGAUGUUAGUAAAAUCCGUGGUCAAGGCUAUGAUGGUGCUAGCAAUAUGAGAGGAGAAUGGAACGGGUUGCAAGCACUUGUUCGGGAAUAUAGUCCUUACGCAUAUUAUGUUCACUGCUUUGCUCACAGGUUACAACUUGCCUUGGUUUGUGUCUCAAGGGAUGUGACUCCAGUACACCAAUUCUUCUCAAACUUAGUUUUCAUAAUUAAUGUGGUGUGUGCUUCAAGUAAGCGUCAUGAUGAGUUACAAAUGGCGAAUGCAGAUGAGAUUAAAAAGUUAUUAGAAUUGGGUGAAAUCAAAUCGGGAAAAGGACAAAAUCAGGUUGGGACAUUACUAAGGGCUGGUGAUACACGUUGGGGUUCUCAUUUUAAAUCUAUUUGUAGUUUGGUUAACAUGUUUGAUGUCACCCAUGUUGUUCUCAAGGGAAUAAUUCAAGACACGUCUCAUGCUACUGGUUCUCAACGUGGAGAUGCUAAUAUAGCUUACAGUUACUUGCAAUCAUUUGAAUUUGUGCUUGUUCUUCACUUGAUGAAAGAAGUAAUGGCUAAAACAGAAACACUUAGUCAAGCAUUACAAAAGAAAUCCCAAGACAUCCUGAAUGCAAUGGAGUUAGUUUCUGCAACAAAGAAAAAUAACAUGUACAAAUUGGUUGAAAGAGUGUGUCGGCUAAUCUUGACGCUUCCAGUUUCGACUGCAACAACGGAAAGAGGAUUUUCAGCAAUGAAAAUAUUUAAGAAUCGACUUCGCAAUAAGAUGUCAAAUCAGUAUCUAGCAAACAGUAUGGUGAUUUACAUAGAAAAGGAGAUUGCUGAGAACUUUGAUUCGGAGUCCAUAAUUGAAGAAUUCAAAAAUCUUAAAGGAAGACGAGCAGAACUAUAA